AUGUUAAAAUGUCUUCGUUUUACACCCACACAAACACGUUAUUUCUAUAAGUCUUCAAUCCUUUCCAAAAAGAAACCUAGUAAGGGGUCCUCUAAGAAUAAGAAAGAUGAAACAACAAAUGGUGCCAGCGAUGAAGAAGAAGUAAUAUUAAUAGAUGUUAAACAAUAUGUAAAUGAAGCAAACGAUAGAUACUCCCAAACUUUAGAACUUUUGAAAAAAAGAUUGAAUGAAGCAAAACAAGGGAAGACAAAUCCUCAGAUUUUUGAUCAACUUAAAUUUCCUAAUGGUUCUGUUUUCACAGAGAUGGCAAGUACCAGUGCUCGUGGAAAAAAUUCCCUUUUAGUGACUGUGUUCGACCCUAAGGAGACUAAGAAUGUCAUCAGUUUGAUCAUGGGUGCAAACUUAAAUCUUAAUCCCGAACGAAUUCCAAAUAAUGAGCAACAAUUAAAAAUUGCACUACCUCCACCAACAAAAGAAUCUCGUCUCGAAUUGGCAAAGAGUUUAAAACAAAUAACAGAAGAUUUUAAAAAUUCUAUCAGUUUUAAAUACUCAUUGGGUUUUAUAAGAAGAGAUAUUCUAAAUAAGAUGAAGUCCUUCAAUAAGAAAGAAAAUGAAGUUACCAAAGUGCUGAAGACGUUAGAGAAUACACACAAGGACUAUGUUAAUAAAUUACAAGAUCAAUUGAAACAAGCAGAGAAAAGUGUGAUGAAUUAA